CGCUCCCAAAUUACUGACAGGAAGUUGCGAUAAUCAUGGCAGCGAUGGCAGAAGAGAACGAAGAUGUGGAUCUUACUCAAGAACAAACAGAAAAAUUACUGCAUUUUCAGGAUUUGACUGGAAUUGAAGAUAUUGACAGAUGCAAAGACAUCCUACGAGAACAUAACUGGGAUAUAGAGAUUGCAGUACAGGACACAUUUAAUAAGAGAGAAGGAGCACCAAAUGUUUUUAAUCAACCUGAGGCAGUGAAUAAUGAGCCCAGAGAACCAUCAAUGAAUCUACAACCAACAGACCAGAGGGUGUUCACAGUGGCCCGACCUCCACCCCAGGGCAUUUACCAGUGGUUGUACCAUGUGAUCAUCUUUCCAUUUCGCUUUGUGUACUCUACAUUAUUAGAUCUUGUUAGGUUUACAAUUCGAUUAAUUCGACCAGACCCUAGAAGAAAUGUAACAGAUCCAGUCGGAGAUGUAACAAGGUUCAUUAACAGUUAUGAGGAGACAUUAGGUACAACACACCCUACCUUCUACCAAGGCUCCUAUAGUCAGGCUCUUAAUGAUGCCAAAAGGGAGUUAAGGUUCUUAUGUGUAUACCUUCAUGGUGAUGAUCAUCAAGACACAGGUGACUUCUGUAGAAACACAUUAGGUAAUCAAGACCUCAUUGAUUUCAUCAACACAAGAAUGCUUUUUUGGGCAUGUAAUACAAACAGUCCAGAAGGAUUCAGAGUGUCAAGGGCAUUGAAAGAAAACACUUAUCCAUUUUUGGCACUGAUUGUCCUACGACAAAACAAAAUGACAGUAGUAGCACGUAUAGAGGGGCCCAUAGGGCCUGGAGAACUCAUAGAAAAAUUAGAAAGAAUCUUGCAGGAUAACGAGGCAUCCUUAAUAGCUGCACGUGCUGAAAGGGAAGAAAGAGAUUUCACUCAGACGUUGAGGAGAGAACAAGAUGCAGCAUAUUUAGAAUCCUUGAAAGCUGACCAAGAAAAGGAAAGGAAAAGGAGAGAAGAGCAAGAUAAAAUUGACCAAGAAAAACAAAGAUUAGUGGAUGAGGAAAACAAAAGAAAAGAAAUGAUACAGGAAAGAGAAAGAAUGAAGGAAGAAUUAAAGAUUGAAAUCCCAGAGGAGCCUCCAGUAGAUGACCCAGAUGUAGUACGAAUCGUUCUGAAGUUACCUCACGGAUCAAGGAUUGAAAGAAGAUUUCUGAAAAACCAAUCAUUAAAGUUUUUAUAUUAUUUCGCAUUCUGUCAUGAGGACUGUCCGGAUGACUUUCAUGUAGUGACAAAUUUCCCCCGCCGGACUCUACCCUGUGAACCCUCAAAGAACGGCCCUGAUCCCCCUUCCUUUGAAGAGGCGGGGCUAGGCAAAAAUGAAAUGCUUUUUGUACAAGAUAAUGAGGCAUGAUAUUCACAGGAUAUACAUUUGGAAUAACACUAUGGCUCCAAAAAGGAAAAGUUUCAAAACGAAGGCUAUGUAAAAUGCAGGCGUUUACCAAGAAAUUUGGUAGGAAGAAAGGAUAAAAAAAGCAAGGGAAGAUUCUAUUAUGUUAUGCAUUUUAUUGAUCAGAAAAUUGUCGUUUAUUUUUUGACCAGAAUGUUGUUCCUCUUUAUAACCAAAUACAAAUGUAGUAAGAAGUACGUGUUGCCAAGUCAAUGAGCAACCCAGAUGUUCCUCUUUUUUUCUAUUUAUAUUUUGUAAUUUUUUUUCCUCAUGUUCAAAGGGUACUGUGGAAGUUGAUAACUUUAGGAAAUCUUUUAGAAUGAAUUAGUUUGAUUUAUUAUAAAAACCUGAAGAUAUGUUUAGUACGUACCUAAGGGUUACCAUAACAGUAACUACUACAUGUCCUCUGGAGGGCCUUUCAGCCCUUUGUUAAUUGUAUGAUCAGGUCAUUUCAUUUUUCUCAAAAACCAUGGAAUAGAACAUGAAGUGUUUUUUAUACUUGAAAUACAUAGUUACAUACUGUGGAAUUGAUUAAAUUUCUGGGGACCGAUGUUUUUGAAUUGUCAGUAUGUUAAAAUAUUAUUCACUGAGUGAAUAAGUUUUGUGGAUUCACUUUCAUGUAUAAAAAAUACAGACUGUGUUUAAUAAUUAAUAAUUUGUUGGGAUGAGCUUAGCAUAUCCAUGGCAAAAUGAGCUCCCAUGAAUUAUAAUAAUUCCACAGCAUGUACAAUAUAAUGACAUGGUAAGAGUCAAACUGAAAGUAUUUCUUACAUUGUAUUUCCAGGGGAGCAAUACUGAAAGUCCUAUUCAUAAAUUGCUGCAUUCUUGUUUUACAUUAAAAUUUUUGUGCCUGAUUUGUCAAAUUUAUGCCUUACAUAUUUGACUCUUCGUUAAAAUAGAAUGCUGUUUUAAUAAAUUCACUGCCAAAUUAUAUUUUGAAAACAUUGAAAUGCUUUAAUGGUAAAUUUAUUAAUAUUAUAUAGAAAGCAUACUCAGAUGUUACAGUGAUUAAGAUGGUUAUAUAGUUAAUAAUGUGUUUUUGUAUGUUAUUAACUUAUUCAAUAAACUUCAGGCUCUUGAACAAUGCACAAUACUGAAUGAUGUUUAUGAAAUUGUCAUCAAAUAAAAAUUACAACAUAUGAUAA